GAGACUUGUGCUUUAUAUGGGUUGUGCUUCGAUCAUGUCUGGAAACCCUAGUUUUCUUUCUGUCUUCUGCUUGCGAUUCCCUUUUGCCCGUUUCUUCUGUGUCUUGAUUGUUGUUGUUGUUGUUGUUGUUUUGAUUUGAUUUGUUUUGUUUUGCUCGCCUUUCCUUGCCUCGUAAAUCGUAAUUACUCUGCUGCUUCGCCGAGCUUGGAGAAUUUCUUGGGGGGUGGUUGGUCAUUUUCUGUGAACCCUUUCCGUUGUUCCGUGACUAUGUUUGUCUGUCUAUUCCACCGCUAUCGCAAGUCACGCUGCUCUAUUUGCCUCCAGGUUGUCAAUGGACAUGCACAAAUCAACAGAAAAGCUGGGUAAUGAUGCAAAUAGCAGGCAUGAAGGAAGUGAGAAUAAUGAAUGUGUAAGGCUAGUCAUAGCUAAUGAAGCAAGUCCUUUGGAAACAGAGAUUCUACAGCCUAGAGCUAAAUYAAAAAUUAAAUCCUUCAAGUGGUGGAUCAAAGUCUCACUAUGGUGCAUUAUCAGUAUCGUAUUUCUUCUUGCUUUCUUCAAGUGGGGAGUGCCGUUUCUUUUUGAGAAGGUCAUUAUCCCAAUCAUGCAGUGGGAAGCUACUGCCUUUGGUCGACCUAUGCUUGCACUUACGCUUGUUGCUUCUCUGGCACUAUUUCCUGUAUUUUUUAUCCCCUCUGGCCCUUCAAUGUGGUUGGCUGGGAUGAUUUUUGGCUAUGGCCUUGGGUUUGUUAUUAUAAUGGUUGGAACAACUAUUGGGAUGGUCCUGCCGUAUUUAAUUGGAUUAUUCUUCCGUGACCGCAUUCAUCAAUGGUUAAUGAGAUGGCCUCAAAAAGCAGAAAUGCUCAGGCUUGCUGGGGAAGGGAGCUGGUUUCGUCAAUUUCAAGUUGUUGCACUCUUUAGGGUUUCACCAUUUCCGUACACUAUUUUCAAUUAUGCGAUUGUGGUAACAAGUAUGAGGUUUUGGCCCUAUUUGUGUGGGUCAAUUGCAGGAAUGAUACCAGAGGCUUUCAUUUACAUUUACAGUGGUCGGCUAAUGAGGACACUAGCAGACGUCCAAUAUGGAAAACAUCACCUGACGACGGUAGAGAUUGUGUAUAAUGUCAUCUCCUUCAUCAUCGCGAUCAUCACUACGAUUAUUUUCACUGUUUAUGCAAAAAGGACGCUGAGCAAGCUUCAAAUGGCACAAGAUGAUGGAAAAUAUUCUGCCUCUCACCCUGGCAGUUUCGAGGUGGAGAAUCUUUCACCCGAAAGAUCCUCAAUUGAUGUGAAGAGGGAAGAUAGAGCAGUCGAAGAAGUCAUCGGGGAGAUUACCUACAAAAUAAGAGUGGCAGGCAUGCUCGAUAGGGUGGAAAAGGCACCUAGACGAGAUCAAUUGGGAGCAUGGUGAAGGGGUAGAGUUAUUUUAGUCAAAGACUCGAGUUUACUUAGCAUCGAUCGGGAACUUCAAUGAACUAGGUAAGAGAGAAUGUUGUGGUCAUGCUCAUCAAAGGUUGCAUGCCCAAGAGGCCUCACUCAUUAUGUAUUGAUACAAUAUAACUAAAUUUGUAGUUUGUUGUUUAUAUAUUAGUUUUGAGUGCAAGUGACUUCUCACCACUUUGAAGAACGCAAGAUCCCACGCUGUAUAAAAAUAAUUUUCUUGCCUAAAAGCCAAGUAGUGAAGUGCAAUUGUGACACCUACCAUGCAUUCAUGAA